UGGGCCCCUGAGGUCCUGCUGCGCGUGCUCACACCGUGACCUCAGUUUGAGGUGACGGCGGGAGCCGAGGCUGGGCACCCCUUCAGAGCCCGAGGGACCCGCAGGAGAGGGAAGGCCCACCUGCCUCGCAACGGGGCUGGGAGCGCAGCAGAGAGCGCAACUUGCUGCCAGGCCUACCCAAGACUCAAGAGAGAGCCCCGGCGGGAACUGCAUGGUGACUGAACAAGAAGCCAUUAUUUUUGGAGUCCCGGGACGCAGACAGAUAGGGACCGGCACGAACCUACCUACCUAAGGAGAAUGCGAGCCAGAUCCCAGACUGGCAGAUUCCUGGCCAAGGAGGAGGAGGAAUACUGCUGGGGUUGAGUGUGGCCUGAGGGUCCCAGGAUGCCCCUGCCCACGUCCAGUGAGCAAGAGAGCCUGAAGAGCAACCUGGAGCCAUCACUGAAGCCUGGCAUGGAUGUUGUCCCAGCAGUCCCUAGAAACCCCCGGAAGUUCUCCAAACUGGUCCUGCUGACAACUUCCAAAGACAGCACCAAGGUGGCUGGAGCCAAGCGCAAAGGGGUGCACUGUGUCAUGUCCCUGGGGGCGCCAGGCCCUGCCACCCUGGCCAGAGCCCUCCUCAAGACCCACCCAGAGGCUGAGCGGGCCAUCGAGGCAGCCCCCCAGGAGCCUGAGGCGAAACACAGCAAGCUGGACCUGGAUGCAGGUGCCAAGGAAGACAGUGGAUUAACAGGGGCAGCACCUGUGGUACACGGGGAAGACUCUGCUGCAGUGCCCAGCGUUUCCCUGGAACCUUAGCAACCGGGGGAGCCAAGUGCUACCUGCAUCUGACUGGGCUACGAGUUCUGCUGACCACAGAUUUCCCUCAGCCUCUUCGUUCACGCUCAACCUUGUGUAAAUAUAAAUGUUUUUUUCAGUACUUGAGGUGGAACUCAAGACCUUGCACUUGUAAGGCAGGCGUGGAACCACUGAGCUAGAUCCCUGGACCCAUAUAUACGUUUUAGAUCAAAUGUAAGUUACUUUUGUAAGCAGGAAAAAAAAAAAUCAAAAGAAUAAAAGCUUGUAUGGUAUUUUCCAUCAGAGAUAGACAGGUUUAAACAUUCCAGGAAGGUGGGCGUGGUGGUGUACACCUGUAAUCCCAGCACUCAGAGGCUGAGGCAGGAGGAUUGCUAUGAGUUCAAGACCUGGGGUCUCCAACCCCAAGACCUCACUGCCCUGGGCCCCCUCAGCUUGGAAAACCAGCCACUGACCCUGAGACCCUGAAGUUCCCCUCCUGGA